GAUUAAUUGAAAAAGGAAAUGAUGUACUAGAGGUCAAGCUGUCCUCGUGGCUUGAAGAGAAUAGAAGAAGUGAUUGGAGUACAGAAUUGCCUUUUGUGAUCUGGGCAAUCAAUAUACAAGUGUGUACUGCUACUAAACAAACACCUUACCAAUUGAUAUUUGGACCAGCAUCACGAAGUACAUUAACUCUAGUUGACAUGUUAUUCAAUCAAAGAAUUUAUGAUGAAGAGGAAUUGCCUAAUAGCAUGAUUAUAGAUAAUGAUUCAGAUCAAUCUAUUAAUGACAAUAAAGAAAAAACAAUAUAUACUAAUGAAAAUAUGACUAUUGAAAUAAAGCAAUCUAUAAAAGAUAAUAAAGAAAAAGACAGUGAAAAAGAAAAUAUGGAUACUGGAGAAAAUAUUGUUAGUGUUGAAGUUGACGUUGGCAGUCCAACAAGUUCAGCGCAAUAUGGAUUUGAUGAAAAUCUUGUGGAUAAUAAAAACAAGAAAUGA